AGACAGAUACACUGCGGCACGCGCAACACGUCGCGAGAAGCGGUGAACGCAGUGGGGCAAAUGGGGAGGACAGCUACGUCGAUCGUUGAUGGGGGGCCGAGAGGGCAGGAGGGGGACACUAAAGGCGCAACAGUUGCCAUGGAGCCUACGAACGGCAAGCAGGAGGAAGCCGCUGGACCCAUGAUUGGGGCCUACAGGGCCCUGCUCGAAGGAAUCGGAGAGGAUCCCGAGAGGCAGGGACUGCUAAAGACACCCGAGAGAGCGGCGGAAGCGUUCCUUUUCUUCACGUCUGGCUAUGGACAGGAACUAAGCGAAGUUGUCAACGAUGCUGUCUUCCUCGAGAAUCACGACGAGAUGGUCAUCGUCAAAAACAUUGAUAUGUUUUCGCUCUGUGAACAUCACCUGGUGCCCUUCAUGGGAACGGUGGCCAUCGGAUAUCUGCCUAAUAAAAAGGUUCUAGGACUGAGUAAACUGGCUAGGAUUGUAGAAGUCUACAGUAGGCGGCUUCAAGUGCAGGAGCGGCUCACUAAGCAGAUCGCCACUGCCAUCACAGAGGCCAUAGGCCCCACUGGUGUAGGCGUAGUCAUUCAGGCCACCCACAUGUGCAUGGUGAUGAGAGGCGUACAGAAAGUGGCGAGCAAGACCAUCACCAGCACCAUGCUCGGCGUCUUUCGAGAGGACCCCAAGACGCGGGAGGAAUUUCUCAAACUAGUCCUCAAAAAUGAGUGACCCCACAAACACGGCUGUUCCCUCCCCCACCAACAAGCAAGAAGUAAACGCUCGAGUGUGCGUGGUCGCGCCCACUGCCCAUCUAGACAGCCCUCCAAACUAGUGACGGUGUCGGCCCAGCAGCCUUGCAAGGCGAUUCUGCACACACACACACACUGGGGGGUUGGCCCGACGCAAAGAGGACUGGCAAAGUCAUGGUUUGUGGUCCACAGAUCACGCUAUGUACAUGCGUAAGUUGCCUUGCACUGAAGUAAUGGACAAGAAAAAAUAAACCAUACAAAGAACAUC